AUGCCACGAUCAAUUACUCGAAACGAGCCGUCGCUAUUUCUCGAUCAGGGCGGUGUCGAGUUCGCCGACUGUCGGGCGAGCAACCCAACUUCAACCGUUGUCUUUCGCGUCGGCACUACAACCAGAACCGGUCUUCACUGGCAUGAAGACAAGACUGAAUACGUCCAAGUACUGCAGGGUCAUGCCCUCAUCACGGUUGGAGACAAGACUGCCGUAUUUGGCCCCGAAGACGGCAUCAUUACGAUCCCGCGAUUUGUGAUCCACCAGUACGGCCGAGCUGACGAGACAGAAGAGGGUUCUUCUUCCCGAAAUGCCGACCUCCGGAUAAAGGAAUGGACGGACCCAAAUGAUGGCGACAAGACGGUUUUUUUCCGCAACAUUAUCAGUUGUAUCAAAGACAAGGAAGACGGACUGUGGGGCGGCAUCGUCUUAUUGGUCUCCCUCUUUGUGGUGAUGCACGCGCACGACAAUUACCCUCUGUUUUGGGCUGGGCCCAAGUUUCUAGGAAGCCGGGUACAAAUGACGAUUCGACGAAUGGUGACGCAUGGAGUGUUGAAGAUUACUGCGGUGAUUGGGUAUUUUACGGGAUUAAAGGGAACGUACGAUGAAUAUACUCUAACAAGCUGA